GCUGGACUGUGGCAUACUUACCCUCACUUCUAGAACAUUCCCUCAGGCUGCUCAGCAGACUCUUCCUGCAGAGGGUGCAAACCGGUCAUCAUGUCUCCAGCCAGUGAUGUUUAUCUCAUUACGGGAGCCUGUGGCUUCCUGGGAGAGAGGAUCUGCCGGCAGCUCCUGGAGGAAGAGCAGGGACUCGCUGAGAUCCGACUCUUUGACAAGAAAUCCAAGCCUGAGCUUGUCCAGUCCCUUCAAGCAUCCACAAGUCAGACCAAAGUGAGCAUGUUCGAGGGGGACAUCAGAGACAGCGAGCUACUGAGGAGAGCCUGUCGUGGAGUGACCCUGGUUGUCCACACUGCAUCUAUCAUUGACAUCGUCGGAGCUGUGGACUACAGUGAACUCCAUGGUGUUAACGUGAAAGGGACCCAGCUCCUGCUGGAAGCCUGCAUCCAGGAGAGCGUGGCGUCCUUCGUCUACACCAGCAGCAUCGAGGUGGCAGGCCCCAACCCGCAGGGCGACCCAGUCAUCAACGGUGAUGAGGACACGCCCUACCCAGCCCGUCUCAAGUUCCCGUACAGCAGGACCAAGCAGGAGGCGGAGCAGCUGAGCCUUCGGGCGCACGGCGAGCCCCUGCGCAACGGGGGCCGGCUGGCCACCUGCAUCCUGCGGCCCAUGUACAUCUACGGCGAUGGCUGCCCCUUCCUCAUCCUCCACAUGGCUAACGGCAUCCGCAACGGCAACGUGCUGCUGCGCACGUCCCGGCGCGAUGCCAAAGUCAACCCCGCGUAUGUGGGGAACGUGGCCCUCGCCCACCUCCGCGCCGCGCAGGCCCUGAGGGACCCCGAGAGGAGGGCGGUGGUUGGGGGGAACUUCUACUUCAUUUCGGACGACACGCCGCCCGUCAGCUACUCGGAUUUCAACCACGUGUUGAUGUCGCCGCUCGGGUUCGGCAUCCAGGAGAAGCUUCUCCUGCCCUAUCCCCUCCUCUUCUUCCUCUCCUUCCUCAUGGAGCUGCUCCAGUGGUUGCUCCGCCCCUUCCUGCGGUACUGCCCACCGCUGAACCGGCAGCUCUUAAUCAUGGUCAACACGCCCUUCACGUUUUCUUAUCGGAAAGCCCAGAAAGACAUAGGGUACACUCCCCGCUAUAGUUGGGAGGAGUCACACAAGCGCACCACUGAUUGGCUGGCCACCCUCCUGCCUCAGGAGAGAGAGCGAAUCAAGACUCACUGACUGCUCCUGACCCCAAUAUUGAAACUAUUAGGGGAAUUGGCCACAGCAAUCAUAUAUACAUUUUUUUGUCUGGUUACUUUCUGUGGUGAUACUGUAGCUAUUUCCCACCCUUCAAGUAUAUAAUAUGUAGAGACAGCAAUGCCAAUAGAACCCUAUGGGGAGCACAUCAGAACCAGGAAGUACAAAUAUUUCGCUGAACAGCCAUGUUCAGUUGUGUCCUUGGUUACACGCUUAAUCACGUGUACAACGACGAUAGCUCAGACAUAGACUAAAAUAAAUAAAAAAUUCAUAUCCUGUGAUUUUUUUAACUAAUGUAAUGUACAGAGUUAACAUCAAUAUUUUAGUGGAAGUAUUCUAUUU